AUGUUUCAGAGUGGGGCGUCAACACCGUCAACAACAAACAACGACCCGUAUCACCUCAAACGUAGCAUAUCCAGCGACGACGCCUCACGGUUAGGUGCUGGUACCGCUUAUCCAUCCUUUUCUUCCUCCUCCGGCUCUGGCUCAAAGACGGACCGAUCUACACCCAUCGUCGACGCACUCUCGAGCAGUGCAGAUAACCUCGACCUUAAUGAGACCAAGCGACGAAAGAUUCAAGAACAAGUGGAUGGUGAUCAUCAUCACCAAGAUCUGGCCAACGUCAUCGCCACCCAUCUUCCGGGUACUGAAGUCAGGACUACAAAUGGUCGUCACGGGCGCAAUGAUUCUGAUAACAACGGCACCGGAGCCAUCGAUAAUAAUAGCAGCACUUUGGAUUCAACAAGCCUCACCACCACCACCAUAACUACUACAUCCGUCGCCACCGCCAUCGCAACGGCUACUCACCCCACAGGAACGAGCAACAUGGAGAGACCAGCAAGGACAGUCCCCUCCCGUCGACCCAUUAAGCGGGUCAACUAUGCCGAUCCAGACGACUUUGAUCUCGAUGACGAGGAACAGGAUCGAUCGCCUAGUCGUGGAAGGGAAUCUACUCGUGCCAGUACUCGGAUCAGUACUAUUGGACAACAGCAACAAAAGCAACAACUGCCGUCGUCUUCGUCGUCACAGCAAAACCAGCAGCAGCAACAUCAUCGUAGGAGACGAGGCGAGAUCGAGGAAGAAGACGAGUAUGAAGAGCAACUCGUCGGAGAUGAAGGAGAUGAUGCUGUAGAGGACGAGGAAGAAGACUUCUCGGAUAACAGUCGGGAUGUCAAGGUCGAACCGGAACCUUCGAACUUUGGACGACGCACUCUUCGAGAUCGAAGCGCCAUCACGGCCCCCAAGCCCUUCCAUGUCAUCCACCCUACACCACCACCUGUCACGCGGACUAGCAGGAAUGCAUCUUCUCGACAGGAUAACAGACGGCAUUAUGACGAACGUGACAGCAACCACGACAACAGCCGGUACCGAGGUUCUUCCUCAUCCAACCUGCGCUCUUCUCUCUCAGCAAAACGACCUCACUCUUCAUUAGCAGCCUCACACCCUCCUCCCCCUCCUCGACCUAUCACGGAGAACAUGAGGAUCACGCGGGGCAUGACCGGAUCCCUGGUACAUGAUUCUUCCAACAGUCGGGAUGUUACUCCAGACCAACAGGCUCAUCACCGGCCUCUCAGAUCUAGCUCCCGGUUCCAUCGCUCCCUUUCAACCGAUGAAGAAAGGGAGCUGGAAACAGGCGAUGGAGCAACAGGCGGGGAAGGAGGCAACGGAGAAGAAGAAGAAGCACGGGAAGAUGAAGACGAGGAGAUGAUGGUUACCGAUGCUGCCGAGGACAGUCAACAAUCACCCUUUGUCGACCACCAGGACCCCAACAGCGGCCUCACCCGCAUGACUCGACUCCGUGCCCGUGUACAAUCUCAACCUGCGCGGAGUUCUCGACACGCAGCUCAACAAUCUUCGUUGCGCUCUAAAUCAGCACACUCUCAGUCGCGACAGGAUUCGGACCGAAAGUACGAUCUUCGAGAGCGGCCCAAGAACAGGCCUACCUACAUUCCAGACCGACCCGUCCCUUCGCCCACCCGCCCACGGACUUCGAGGAUGAACUUUGGUGGCAACAGUGGACGAGAUUCGUUCAUGAGGCCUCGUCAGAAUCGGUCUAGUCUUUUGGAGGCCCUGGCGCGCGCAGGCGAUUCUUCAGAGGAUGAUCGGGAUAUUUCGAGCGGUUUCAACAAACGCCGCUCAGGACCCUCGUCAGACUCGCGAGGAUCGUCGUCUCGUAUCUUGCCCAUGAACAUGCACGAGCUUGCAGAGUCCAGGAGAGAUGUCAUUGCUUCACGCGCUGGAGGACAGUUGGCCGAUACCGACCCCCUGGCUGUUGGCAAAAGUGUGGACUUUUCAAAAGUCGGCGGUUUAGACCAUCAUGUCAAGUCCCUCAAGGAGAUGGUCAUCCUCCCUUUACUCUACCCAGAAGUCUACUCUCGCUUCCAGAUGAUGCCUCCACGAGGAGUCCUCUUCCAUGGACCGCCCGGUACAGGAAAAACGCUCCUUGCACGUGCGCUGGCUUCCAGCUGUUCGACCGAAACUCAAAAGGUCGCGUUCUUUAUGCGCAAGGGUGCAGACUGUUUGAGCAAGUGGGUGGGAGAAGCAGAGAGGCAGUUGCGGUUGUUGUUUGAGGAGGCCAAGGCCUGGCAGCCGAGUAUUAUCUUUUUUGACGAGAUUGAUGGACUCUGUCCUGUUCGGUCGAGUAAACAGGAGCAGAUCCAUGCGUCGAUUGUCUCUACUAUGCUUGCUCUCAUGGACGGUCUCGAUGGUCGUGGACAGGUGAUUGUCAUUGGAGCGACAAACAGGAUCGACGCCAUCGACCCAGCACUCCGCCGACCUGGAAGAUUCGACCGCGAAUUCUACUUCCCCCUCCCCAACGAAGCCGCCCGCCGCGCCAUCAUCGACAUCAACACUUGUGGCUGGGUCCCCGCUCUCGACGAGGGCUUCAAAACCGAACUCGCCCGGAUCACCACCCGUUACUGUGGUGCUGAUAUCAAGGCUCUUUGUACAGAAGCAGCACUCAAGGCGAUUCGGAGACGGUACCCGCAGAUCUAUGAGAGCAAUGAGAAGCUGUUGAUUGAUACUUCGACCAUUGUGGUGGAAGAGGUCGAUAUGUUGAAAUCUGCAAAGGCCAUGGUCCCGGCGUCGUACCGUGUCACGGGCGCGACAGCUUCGCCGCUGCCGGUAAAUGUUAAGCCGCUGUUGCAGGGGCAGUUUGAGAGGAUCUGUAGGACCGUUGAUAGGCUGUUCCCGACCAAGGCAAAAACGAGCGGCACCAGCGCCAUUAAUGAGGAAGAGGAUGCAGAUGAUGCGGCGUUCCAGGCGAUGGGAUACAGGAGUUUUGAGAAACUCAAGACCUUCCGCCCGCGCGUCAUUAUUUCGGGGUCUCGUGGGAUGGGUCAACGCUACCUCGGUCCUGCACUCUUGCACCACCUCGAGGGUUGUACCGUUCAGCAGUUUGACCUUGCGGCGUUGAUGUCUGAAUCCAGUCGCACCCCCGAAGCAGCAUGUGUCCAGUUCUUUAUCGAGGUCAAGCGGCACGCGCCCAGUGUCAUCUAUAUCCCACAUAUUGACGUCUGGUGGACUGUUAUGUCUGACGCCGUCAAGGCGACAUUCUCGAACCUCCUCGAGGAUCUCAAUCCGGAGGACCGAAUCUUGUUCCUCGCGACCAGCGAGACACCUCUCAAGGAUCUUCCAGUCACUGUCCGGCGGUGGUUCGUCUCCAGCGUCAAGGGCCGUGUAGAACUCUCUAAACCAGAUCGAUCCAGCCGCGAAGCAUUCUUCGAAACCCUCGUCGUCGACCUCGCCCGCCCUCCCACCGACUUUCAACUCCAAUCUUCAACUCCCACAACCACCACCAUCGAACCCCUCAAAAAGGCACCCCCACCACAACCCCGCGUCCCAACAACCGAAGAAAAAAAACUCCUCAAAGAACACGACCAAUACGUCCUCCGCGAACUCCGAAUCUCCCUUCGCAGCAUCGUUGAAGAACUCUUCAAAGAACGUCGUUUCAAACCCUUCUUCCGUCCCGUCGAACCCGAAGAGUUUCCCGAUUAUUAUCAAAUCGUCAAGAAACCCAUGGACCUGACGACGAUGAAUGAUAAGGUGGACGAUCGGAUGUAUUUGGAGGUCAAGGAGUUUUUGGCAGAUGUGGAUCAGAUCUGUGAGAAUACCGCGUUGUAUAAUGAUAUCCAUGAUCCUAGCCGCAUCAUCUACAAAGCGCGAGCGUUCCAGGAUGUCGCACACGGGAUGAUAAGCAGACUCGACCCAGAACUGAUCAUCGAAUCCGAAAAGACCGCAGCCAGAGUCCGACAAGAACUCAAGUCCCUUCAAAAGACCCAAGGUGGACGAUCGUCUCGUCGCCAACUCGGUCUUGAAGCCGAGGCUGUUCCUGAUGACCCUGAAUUGUUCCUCCGCCUUAGUCAUCGGGCCUCUCACAACAACCACGGUGGUGCUAAUGGAGUCGCACGAGGAGGAACUACCGGAACUGGCGCAGAGGACGAUGACGAGGAAGAGGAAGAGGAGGAGGAGGUGAAUUUGAGUAGCAGGAGCGGAGGCAGGUUCUCGAAUCGGCCACGCGUCUUGAAGCAGGAGGAUUUGGAUCAGGAUUUGGAUGAUGAUAUGAGCGGGACUUCUUUGUCCAUGUCUUCUUCGACCACGUCCCUCAUCGCCUUUGAUUCAGACCCUGUUGAACCUACUACCAACAAUAGUGCCAGUGCAGAGGCUGCAACAACCGCGGUGGCGAAGAUUGAAGAGCAUGGACACAGAGAACUUUCAGCAACAGUAGUAGGAGCUGAUGACGUUCAUUUAGGCGAGCAGGAGAAGCACAGCAUGGACAUCGAUACUCUCCAGCCUCUUAAGAACGACAACGAUAAUGAUGCCAGCGCCAACGGUAUCGUGACAACCGCUUCAUCGUCGCUUCCUGUCGACCCUUCGACGACAGCAUCAACAUCGAGGGAAGAGAACCUUGUGGCUGCAGAUCAUGAUAUAGAGAUGACAAGUGACAACCACGCCGUCAAUGGCUCUUCCUCCACACUUGGAUCUCCUACCACCGCCACUACUACAGAACCAACACAACCAGUGGCAGUCGAAACCAUAGACGCCUCCGUAGCGGACCCAAUCAUCCCUGACCAAGAUCCCACCGCACCAGAACACCUGGACCUGGAACCCAUCAAAGAGCAAACCCCAACUCCACCCCCAGUCUUAAUCCUCGACCCCUCAGAAGUCACCCUUCUGCGCCAAGCCCUAGUUGACAAGACGGACACCAGCACGGUCGAAGAACUAGACCAGCUCCGCGCCGCGCUGUACGAGGACCUCUGGGAGCAUCGACUCCAAUGGGAUAAAGGUCCCAUGCUCAUGGAUAUGAACGAAACAGUGGAAUCGAUCACGGCGUUGCACAAGGAAACAGCGGAGGAUGUCCGAAACUAUAAUGCCGUCCUUCAAGAAAUCUACUAA